CAGCCCUAAAAACAGGGCAAGCCGAAACCAGUAUUAGGAUAUCUAAUUCGCAUCCCCAAACUAGCCCCAACCGUCCCCCUUCUGCACUGUACCACUUCCUCCCUUACUCUCUCAAAAUUUGCCAAAAACCCUACAACCCUCCCUCUAAAAUCUCUCUUCUUUACUUUUGUUUUAUUUUAUUUACUCUCUAUCUAUUUCCUGUUCCAUCUGCAACUAAAUUGGACUAGACCCAGAAAGGAAUGAAGCCCUGUUUCUGCUAGUCCUGUCGACGGUAUGCUACUGAAUGUUGGCUUGGUAGUAAAUUUUAAAGGUUGAAAUAGUCUGUAGAUGGAUAUAGUUGAAUCCAUACUUGAUAUUCCAGUGCAAGAUCCACCAGAGGAGGAGUUCUCUUCUGCUGAUUUGACUUGGACAAAGUUCGGCACAGCUGAGCACCAUGAUGAUGUAGCACUCAUUCCUUAUGCUCGAGUGGAUGAAUUUAUAAUUGGAGAAUGCUCCAAUGUGGAAUGCCCAACACGAUUCCAUAUUGAACGGGGACGGAAACGAUCAAAGGGCAGUUUAAAGGAGUAUAAAAGCGAUGAAUAUUUGGAAUAUAGACUAUAUUGGUGUUCCUUCGGUCCUGAAAAUUAUGGGGAAGGUGGAAGUAUAUUACCUAGUCGAAAAUAUCGUCUAAACACCCGAAACAGGGCUGCUAGACCUCAAUCCAUGCGAGGAUGUACAUGCCAUUUUGUAGUGAAACGUCUUUAUGCUCGUCCGUCACUUGCACUUAUUAUAUACAAUGAGAGACGCCAUAUAAACAAAUCUGGUUUUGUCUGCCAUGGGCCCCUUGACAAAGAUGCCAUUGGCCCUGGUGCCAAGAAAAUUCCAUAUAUUUCCAAUGAGAUUCAACAACAAACAAUGUCUAUGAUCUAUCUGGGCAUACCUGAAGAAAAUGUGCUAGAGAAACACAUUGAGUGCAUUCAACGAUACUGUGGUUCAGAUGCAAGAGUUAGUACCCUUGCUUCCCAAUAUGUCCGCAAACUUGGGAUGAUCAUUAAGAGAUCUACCCAUGAGUUAGAUCUAGAUGAUCAAGCUAGCAUCCGGAUGUGGGUUGAACGCAAUAAGAAAUCUAUAUUUUUCUAUCAGGACACAUCUGAGACAGAUCCUUUCAUUCUUGGGAUUCAGACAGAAUGGCAGUUGCAACAGAUGGUUCGUUUUGGCCAUCGCAGUCUUAUUGCUGCUGAUUCAACAUUUGGUAUUAAAAGACUCAAGUACCCCUUAUGCACCCUUCUUGUCUUUGAUUCAAGACAACAUGCAUUGCCUGUUGCAUGGGUCAUUACCCGCAGCGUUGCAAAGUCAGAUGUAGCUAAAUGGAUGAAAGCUUUGCUUGAUCGAGCUCGAAGCAUUGAGCCUGGAUGGAAGAUCAAUGGUUUUUUGAUUGAUGAUGCAGCAAUGGAGAUUGAUCCCAUAAGGGAUACUUUUUAUUGUCCUAUCCUAUUUUCUCUUUGGCGUGUUCGUAGAUCUUGGUUGAGGAAUGUUGUUAAGAAAUGUUCCAACAUUGAAGUUCAGCGGGAAAUUUUUAAGCGUCUAGGUGAAAUAGUUUACAGCAUUUGGGGUGGCAUCAAUACUUCAGUUGCCUUGGAAGAAUUAAAUCAGGAUUUUGUUGAUCAAACUGCCUUCAUGGAGUAUUUCAAAUCCUCCUGGGUGCCCAAGAUUGAAAUGUGGCUUUCAACAAUGAAAACUAUUCCACUUGCAAGCCAGGAAGCAUCUGGUGCCAUAGAAGCCUACCAUGUGAAGCUGAAAACAAAAUUGUUUGAUGAUUCACAUCUUGGUGCACUUCAAAGAGUUGACUGGUUAGUGCACAAGCUGACAACUGAGUUGCAUUCAACAUAUUGGCUUGAUCGGUAUGCAGAUGAAAGUGAUUCUUUUCAAAAUGUCAAGGAGGAAUAUAUUGCAUCUACAUCUUGGCACCGAGCGCUGCAAAUUCCUGAUUCUUUUGUUACCUUAGGUGAUAAGGCCAACCUAUUUGCAAAGGUAGCAAGCCAGAAAGACAGCAGCAUAACACAUUUAGUUUGGAAUCCUGGAUCAGACUUUGCUUUCUGCGACUGUGCAUGGUCAAUGCAAGGUAAUUUUUGCAAGCAUGUCAUCAAGGUCAAUAUGAUGUGUGAAAAUCAUGAAGGCUACAAACCUUCUAUGUCUUUUCAGUCAUUCAGAGAGAUAUUGAUGGAUCUUUUGAAGAAACCAAUGGAUGACUCCAUUGCAUUAGAUGAGUCAGUUGCCUGGACCCACCAGAUGCUGGAUCAAAUCAAACAGCUUGUAGAACUGAAUAGUUCAAAUGAUAUUGGCAUUGUGGUAAAAAAUAUGCCAUUGAAAUGGGUUUCUAAGAAAGGCAGAACAUUUGUUGGUAUACCUGCUUCCCUUCCAGCUCUUCCAUCUAGUUCCAAGAGCAUCACAAAGAAUCUGCAGAAGAAGAAUCGAAAGCGGAAAAGAUUAUCAAGAUUAAGAUGAUCAUCUAAGUUGUUUAAUUAGGUCAGCAUUUAGCAAAUUCAAGACCCUUUGGACUGGAACCUCUGUUUUGAAAAUAAUGUUUGUUCCCAUGCUGGAUAUCAUCAUCCUGACUCCAUCGCUUGAAUUAUUUGAUGGGUAACACAAGCUAUGUUAAAAUAAAAUGAGUGCACUUUGCAACCUCCAAAGAUGGAUUUGAAGGACAAUAUGCCUAUCUAGCUGCAGUUGCCAGUGUAAAGACAAAAGUGAACUCCAAGAUGUGUCCACAUAUUCAUGUUCAUUCCAACAUUCAUUUCGGGAGAAAUUUGAAGGCCAACAUCUUGAAAAAGAAGGUAUCUAUCUAUGUUAUUGAGAUUUGCUUCCGAAUUUGGAAACCCAAAGUGUUUUCCCCUAGUUAAUCUUGUCAUUUCUUGAGCUAUAUAUAUUAUUUUGUAUAUUGUCUUUCCUUUUUCAGGAGGCCCUUCAAGUACAUUUUUGUUCUGGGAAUAGAGGCUAUGGCAUAAGGCAUCUUGCCAAUGGACAAUUACAAAAUCAUGUAUAGACUGUCGAACAUUGAAUGUGAGCUGCAUAGAAAGAUUAUAUUAUAAGAUAAUUAUUUAAUGGAA